UCAGCAUCCUGCCAUCCCGGUAGAAGUCAACGUUCUUGGGGCGCUCAGCAGGCAGCGCAGUCUAACCCUUCCUUGCCACAGCCCAGCUGGCAGUCAGGCCCUGUGAGCCGAUCUGCGUUCUCCAGGGAGCAUUGCAGGCAGCACCCUGAACAAACCAGAAAAACAGCCCUCCUCUGCUCCGGAGCACAAGGAAGCAGGGUCCCACCCGCAUCUACCUUUCCUGAGCAAGGUCGGCUACCCCGGGCCGGAGUGCCUCCACUCUCUGGCUUCGCCCCUCCCCUCCAGAGGCCCGUCGCCACAGGUCUGUCUGGCUCCGCCCGAGGUCUACCUGCCGAGCCUGGUGGGUGGAGUGUCAACGGAGGAGUCUCCCUGUGUCCUGGACUCUGCACCCUUAGGUGCCUCUCGGAGGAGCCUCUCGGCGGAGCCUCGGUCUCUGCGCUGCCAUGGAAGGGUCCAGAUCCCCAUCGCCCCGGGAAGAGCUAGAGCUGGCGACACUGGAGGAGCAACCGGAAGAGCAGAUGCCUCUCAACAACCUCCAGGUGCAGCUUCGCUCCGCAGAGGACCCUAGCCCAGCCCAGGCUGACAAGAAAAGUCCCUGGAGUCCCUGUAACAAGACUGUGGUUGGGAAAUGUAAACUGUGGAUGGUCAUCGUCGCCAUUUUCGCGUGUUUCACUGUCGUGAUCAUUAUAAGCUUAUGCCUUAUAGGAGUGACUUACAUCGAUGAAGAUGAAAAUGAAAUACUCGAGUUAUCAUCAAACAAGACAUUCUUUAUCAUGCUCAAGAUUCCAGAGGAGUGUGCUAAUGAAGAGGAAUUGCAACACUUGCUCACUGAAAGGCUCACGGACAUGUAUAGACAGUCACCAGCUUUGGGUCGUUUUUUUACUUCUGCUGAUAUCAUGGACUUCAGUCUUGAAAAUGCCACGGUGACCUAUCACUUGCUGUUUGGAGUUCCAUCGGAUGAUGACGGCUUUAUGAAGCACAUGCUAAGUGAAGAGCUGGUGCUCGGCAUUAUGCGACAGAAUUUUCACGAUAAGAAUGUAUCGAGUUGUGAGAGGCUCGGGCUCGACCCAGAAUCUCUCCUGCUCUAUGAAUGAAGGGACCAGAAGGAGGAGACAGUCUUCCUACUGAUUCGGCACAGAUAUGAAGUCUGGUUCCACAGAUAUGAAGUCUCUCCAACUGCAGAAGGGCAGUUCAUCCUGUCCGAGCCAGGAUCAGGAGCUAGAGGAGGUCUGGGGCAGGUCAAAGAUCCCACAGUGUGAGGUUCCUGCUGUCUUGGAAGCACUGGCUGCUGCUGUCAGCACACAGAUGUUUUUCCUGUAGUGCAAAGAUAUACCAGGCUUUGUUUUAGGUAGGUUCUGUCAGCCCGUGCUGAUGGGUCGAGGAGAAGCAGCUAGUCAAGGCAGGGAGGGAGAACCAACCAAUUGUUCACUGAAGCCCCUCCCCACCCCCAAUCAUAUUUGACUGACUUUUAAGCCAGGGUGGAAGGUAGGGGAAGGCAGUUCCAAGAGUAGCUCUUCAUCUGCUUCUAGCACCUAUACUUGAGUGGAUGGACAACUGAACUCAGCAAAGUGACAUAUUACCAACAUGUUACAUAUAGAAAUGGGACCAACUUGUCUUUUUUUUUCUAUUUUUUAAAAAUUUUUAUUAAUUACACUUUAUUCACUUUCUAUCCCCCUGUAGCUCCCUCUCUCCUCUCCUUCCAAUCCCACCCUCC